CAACUCUACCAUCUCUCAGUCAAAUUCAAUUGCCCCAGAGUCCAGACCAAGUUUAACAAUAUAUCAAAUAACAUAUAUAUAUAUAUAUAUAUAUAUAUAUACUCGCCGAGUGGGACUUAACGUACGGUGAGCUCUCCUUCCCGGAGGGUGACAGCAGAAGAUCAAACCCUCUGACUUUGUGGUUGCCUCCGCCUGCCAUGGACUCUAGCAAUUAUUCUGUAUCUUCUUCUCCUUGUCUCUGUUAGGAUUUUUCGUGCUCAAAUUGGCUAUUUAUUAUUUGUGUGUUGAUUCUUGAGAGGACAUUGCUGCAAUCGUACGUCUCAAUGCAAGUGGAGAAUAGUAAGGAAGAGACGGCAAGAGAAAGGAAGGAAAGAAGUGUUUCAUGGUCCCAGGAUCUGAAACUUACUGUUAAUGAGGUUGAGGCAUUGUAUGAGCUAUUGAAGAAGUUGAUCAGUUCUAUAAUCGACGAUGGAUUGAUUCACAAGGAACAACUUCAAUUAGCAUUGUUCCACAAUCCAGACAUUGAGAAUGUUUUUCUCAACCGGGUUUUUGAUCUUUUUGAUGAGAAUAAAAAUGGUGCCAUUAAUUUUGAGGAAUUUGUUCAUGGCCUUAGUGUCUUCCAUCGCUAUGCACCUAUGGAAGAAAAAAUUGAUUUUGCAUUUAGGUUCCAUGAUCUUAGACAAACGGCCUUUAUUGAGUGGGAAGAAGUUAAGCAAAUGGUAGCUGAUGUUCUGAUGGAAUCUGGCAUCGAAUUACCGGAUGACCUUCUUGAUGCUAUUGUUGACAAGACGUUUGCUGAUGCUGAUGCGGAUGGGGAUAGAAGAAUCAAUAAAGAAGAAUGGAAGCAAUUUGUGGUCCGAAAUCCAAGCCUCUUGAAGAACAUGACUCUUCCUUGUUUGAUGUAAUAUAAGUUGUCC